AGAAGGCACUUAGCAUUUGUGAGUCAAUUCACUGAUGAUGUCAGUCACCUUCCUGGCUCAUCCAACAUCAUUGCCGAUGCGCUUUCUCGAAGCAAUCCCCAAGAGGAACUGGUUGACUCCUGUUCAUUCGAGGACCAGUUUGUGUCAGAAUUUCCAAGUUCGGAAACUGUUGCGUCAGUCUCUGAAGUGUUCUCGCAUCCGUCUGCGUCGGUAGUGCGUUCGGCUCAAGAAGCGGAUGUAGGUCUCCUUAAUUGGAUCCAGCGACACUUGGAUCCAGCGACACCUUUUGAGCCAAGGCUUCUUCCUUCAUCUGAUGAUUCUGGUGUUGAUUUGUGGUUUGAUGUGUCCAACUCUUCACAAAAGCUGCUUGUUCCGUCCAACCUGCAAGAAAAUGUUUUUCAUGUGAUCCACUCGCCAUCUCAUUCCGGAUUCAAAGCAACUUAUAAGGCUUUGGCUAAUAGGUUUUAUUGGCCAACAAUUAAAAGAGAUGUCAAGUCAUGGUGCAAGUCCUGCUUGGGAUGCCAGAGGAAUAAGGUCG